GCUGGGGAGGAGCGGGGGUUGCCCUGGAUGGCCCUGCGCACUGGGACGGCUUGGUUUGGGCAGGUCCUGCGCAGAGUUUCCCGGCUUCAGGGCACCUGGUCCCGGCGCUCCAGCAGCCUCCUGUGCCUCUCUUCUUCCCAGGAGCCCGAGCAGGCGGGCGGGGAGCGACCGCCGCCGCAGCACAAGCUGCCCCGGAGCGGCGGCAGCGGCGGCGGGCGCCGCCGGCCCCCCCGGCAGCUGCUCCCCUGCUGUAGCUGCUGCGGCCUGUCGGAACCCCGGGCGGCCAGGGGGGGACAUGGUCCCCUCACUCGCCCCUUGCUGGCGGCCAUGAAGAGGCAGAACGUGCGGACCCUGUCCCUCAUCAUCUGCACGUUCACAUACCUGCUGGUCGGGGCUGCCGUCUUUGAUGCCCUGGAGUCCGACAACGAGAUGCGGGAGGAGGAGAAACUCAAAGCCGAGGAGAUCCGGCUCAAAGGAAAGUACAACAUCACCAGCGAGGACUAUCGGCAGCUGGAGUUGGUGAUCAUGCAGUCCGAGCCGCACCGCGCCGGAGUCCAGUGGAAAUUUGCCGGCUCCUUCUACUUUGCCAUCACGGUCAUUACGACCAUCGGUUACGGACAUGCUGCCCCAGGGACGGAUGCAGGGAAGGCUUUCUGCAUGUUCUACGCAGUCCUGGGGAUCCCUCUGACACUCGUCAUGUUCCAGAGCCUGGGCGAGCGCAUGAACACCUUCGUCAAGUACCUCUUGAAACGCAUCAAAAAGUGCUGCGGCAUGAGGAGCACCGAGGUCUCCAUGGAAAACAUGGUCACUGUGGGUUUCUUCUCCUGCAUGGGGACACUCUGCAUUGGAGCAGCAGCCUUUUCCCAGUACGAGGAAUGGAGCUUUUUCCAUGCUUACUAUUACUGCUUUAUAACAUUGACUACGAUAGGGUUUGGAGACUAUGUGGCCCUGCAGACCAAAGGGGCCCUUCAAAAGAAGCCUCUCUACGUGGCUUUUAGCUUUAUGUACAUUCUAGUGGGGUUGACAGUCAUUGGGGCAUUUCUAAAUCUGGUUGUUCUCAGGUUCUUGACCAUGAACAGUGAGGAUGAGAGGAGGGAUGCCGAGGAGCGGGCGUCCCUGGCAGGGAACCGCAACAGCAUGAUUAUCCACAUCCAAGAGGACUCCCAGCAUGGCCGGCCUCGGUACAAGGCCGAAGUGACAGACCUGCAGUCAGUUUGUUCCUGCAUGUGUUACAGGUCCCACGAGUACACCAGCCGGGUGGUGUCCCACCAAAAUUCGUUCAGCUCGAAGCUGAACCCCCAGUACUUUCACUCCAUCUCUUACAAGAUAGAGGAGAUCUCGCCAAGCACAUUAAAAAACAGCCUCUUCCCAUCUCCUGUCAGCUCCAUCUCACCUGGGUUGCACAGCUUUACAGAUAACCACAGGCUGAUGAAACGGCGAAAGUCCAUUUAAAGGGAUUUGUCUUAUUUUGCUUUCCUUGUUUUUCCCAGUUCUUUGUUGUUUUGGGUUUUUUGUUCCUUGAGUGAGACGGAGCGAGGCCAAAGGGAGUAGAGCAAGCCAGUCCUCCUCUGAGACUCAGCUCUUGAGCAUGAAGCAUGGAUUUUUACUGUUCCAGCAAAGUAUGCCUUACAUUACCCCCUUGGUGGAUGUCAGAGGAUUCAAGGUGACGUGAAGUGGGUACCAAAUCCAAAGUUGCACACACAGCUGGGAGCCUUCAUGUGCCGCUGGCACUCCUGACCCAACAAACUUUUUUCCUCACGAGCAGGUUGCAGCGUGUGUGCGUGUGCCUGUGUGAGUGCGGGGUGCGUGUGCGUGUGUGUGCGCGUGCAGUUCCACAACC